AAAAAGCUUUUAUUCUGGAAAGAGGGACGGGAAGUCUCCGUUUUUUACAUUUCCGGUUUGUGCAUGCGGAACUAGACAAUAGCAGGGUAAACGCAUGGAUGUUGACAGCACUAACGUGAAAAUGGUGCAGCACAGCAAAUGCUACUGCAGUGUGCCAAACUGCUCCAACAGCAAGCGCAAACAGCCGUAUCUGAGCUUCCACGACUUCCCGGCUGAUUAUAUGCUGCGGCAACAGUGGGCCAAGGCGAUCAGGCGAGAGGAGGGUCCCUUCUUCACCAUCCUGCGGGGCAGCACCUUCGUGUGCAGCAGGCACUUCCGGCCCGGGGAGAUCUACGUGAAGGAGGGGGGCAGCAGACCGCGGCUGAAGAGGGGCUCCAUCCCUUCCAGGUUCGUGUGGAACGACUGGGGGACCCGGGAGGUGCCCGUUCCGCCGCCGCCGGAGCGCCCCGCUGGGCUGCGGGUCAGAGACCUGAGGGCUCUCAUGGAUCACGACUACUGCCCUAUGCCUCAUGGUGCCGUGGAUGCUGCUGCUGACAGAAGGGAGGUGCUGGAGUGGAAAGUGAUGGAGGUGGAGGAUGAGGCAGUGCCGGUACCCGUCCAGACACAGCAGCCCGCGCUGAACCGCUUUUGCUCCACAGAUGAAGAGUUCUUCUUCUUCACACACUUCACCUCCGAGAGGGUUUUCCUGUGGUUCUGGGAGUCUGUUGAACCAUCUGCCUCCACGUUUGUCUGCUGGAGCGAGGCGCAGAGACAGGCUCUGGGCACACCUGGCCCCGAGCAGGAACUGGCCCUGGUGGAUGAGUGCUUCCUGUUUCUUUGCCGCAUUGCUGCUGGACUUGAGGAACAGGCGCUGGCAUCCAUGUUCAGCAUCAGCUUGUCCUCUGUCAAAUCCACCAUCCUAACAUGGACCAGAUACUUGUACCUACUCCUCGGCUCCCUGCCCUCAUGGAUGACCCGAGAGCAGGUGCAGGCAACUACACCUGACGAAAUCCUGCGAUGCUGCCCAGAGGUGCGGGUGAUAGUCGGCUCCACGCAGAUCUGCUGCGAGGCGGCAUCUUCGCUCCCCCCGCAGUCUGAAACAACCUUCAAAGGGCUGAUUGGCAUCGCCCCCUGCGGCGCCAUUACAUUUAUGUCUAAGCUUUACGCCGGAUCUAUCUCUGAACAGGAACUCACACGAAAAUCAAACUUGCUAAGUCUGCUGGAGCCAGGAGAUGGAGUGAUGGCUGGCUUGGGCUUUCAGAUUGAGAGGAUGCUGGCGGAGGUAGGGGCCACCCUGGUCGCUCCCCCUCAGCUGAGCAGGGACGAUGCUGAGAGGACAGAAGCAGUAGCCCGUCUUGGACUGCUGGUAGAGAGAGCAAUCCACAGAGUGAAGGAGUACCACAUCUGGGACGGGGUUCUUCCCAUCUCUCUCAGAGGCUCCAUCAACCAGCUGUGGCUCAUCUGCUGCCUCCUGUCAAAUUACCAGGGUCCUUUUGACAUUAAGGAGGACCAACCUGUUUGAUCACUCCCCUCUGUUUAUUACAGAGCUGGACCAUAUAUCAAUAUUGUAUCAAUAUUGUGAUAUAGGCUGUGUUACAGUAAAGCGGUGUCGUUUUCUGAGCUUAUUCAACUGUUGUAGCUGUUCUGUUAUGUGCCUCAAUCUGCUUGAUCAUCGUGUCCAUAUUAAUGAAUGUUUAUCAGAAAUCUCAUGUAAAUAUGUGACAUAUGAAAGCACCAAGACCUCUCUACAAUAUCGUAACAAUAUUGAGGGAAUCAAUCAAAGAUAUCUUCAUAUUUGAUGUGCGUUUUUAUUUUAUUUUUUUUAAUUUAAAAAAACUGCAGCAGCACACAUGAUUGUGUUGAUGGCCUGGGGCCAGUUUUUCAAAGCUGGAUCAGAUUACUCUGGGUAAUCAGAUCACAGUUUAUCCUAUAGAGGAUUAAAAUGACCUCAUUGAUUUUGAGCCAGACUGGAUAAUACUGAUCCACAUACUACAGGAUCAAGACUUCUCAUUUGCUGGUCAAAUAAGCGCUAAUUUGGUAAUGAAAGAGGAAUCAUUAUUGAACUACCUUUAAGAGAGAAGCUGCCUUUAUUCUCCAUCUGCCAACUUAUUAAGUGCAAUUAAUCUUUGGACAAAUAGCCACAUGUGCAUUUCUUUUGAUGACAAAGGAUUUUUAAUGAUCAUUUGAGAAAUCCACGUCCGCUGCAGCAUUUCUGAUUGCCCAUUGUGUAGUGGUGGCAGGGCUGAGGAUAAGCCCACGGUAUUGCAUUUUGUGUCAAGUGGAACUGUGCUGGUCCAAACAUGGUCUGUGUUUGUCCACACAUUACUGGACAUUGGGACCGAUGUGCCUUUAUUAUUUAUUAUAUUUUGUAUUUUAUUUAUGAUAUUACUUUGGGAAAUACUGGAAGUUUGGACAGUUGAUAUGAAAAUAAAGCUGUAAUGAACUGUGUCUAAUUGAUAGUAAGUUUGUAAACUUUAAUCAUGGAUUAAAGUGAUCAUA